CCGGGAAAUGUAGUUGGGGCUGCCGCCAUUAAGGGUGCUGCGGUCCGGCCUCCCCCACUCAUGGGAGCGGGGUGCUCAGAGCCCUGUCCAGCUUGACCCUGGACACCGCCAGGAAUGCGGCAGCCGCAACUGCUCUGCGAAACAGGUCCCAGUGCCUCGCCACAGUGCAUUUCUUCCUCAUGUCCAGUCUAAAACUGCUGUCAGUUUAAAGCAGUUAUCCCUUGUGCUAUCACUAUGUACCCCAUCCAAAGUCCCUCUCCAGCCGACUUGGAGCCCCUUUAGGCACCGGAAGGGGCUCUUAAGUUCCCCCUGGAGUAAUUUCUUCUCCAGAGUGAAGAACCUCAGCUCCUCCCCCCUGUCAAUAGCUAAAUAGUUGUCACGGCCUACCAUUCCUGUGGGGAGCACCUGCCUCAGUUAAAAGCAAAUAAUUUCUGCCCCCAAGGGAGGACAUGGGACUGUACCCACACCUGCACUGCUUGGGCUCAUAUGGCCAAGCCCAGGAGCUGCAAAGCCAACAAGAUUUUGGCCCCAGCAAGGUUGUCCUCUCCAUAUUCCCGGCACAAAGGGCACCUCUGCCCCCUUCCCAUGACACCAGCACCAGUCCCUGCUCCUGCACAACUACUCCUGCCCGGCCCUGUACCCUUCGGAGCACAGCGGGUGCUGGCAGGAGCAGACAGAGGUUGCUGAGAACCCUUCAAACCACGUUCAAAUGCAGUCAGGUCCUCCUCACUACCUGACCCUUAGCCCUGAGUGUUUGCUUGGGACCCAAGAAAAGAUAUUUAACACACAAAAUGGUGCCAUCUUUAUUUUUUUUCAAGACGUUUUUGUUAGUCUCGGAGCAUGGCGGAGUGGGGCUGGCUGGAGGACAGGGUGGGGUCAGGGUCACAGCUCAUCCAGGGCCUGCUUGGCAGAGCAGGCAGUACAGACAGACAGUACAGGCAGACAGACAGACAAUACAGGCAGUACAGACAGACAGUACAGGCAGACAGACAGACAAUACAGGCAGUACAGACAGGCAGUACAGGCAGACAGACAGACAAUACAGGCAGUACAGACAGGCAGUACAGGCAGAGAGACAGAUACACAGGCAGUACAGGCAGACAGACGUACAGGCAGACAGGCAGUGCAGGCAGACAGACAGACAGGCAGUACAGGCAGACAGACAGUACAGGCAGACAGACAGGCAGACAGGCAGUGCAGGCAGACAGACAGACACACAGGCAGUGCAGACAGACGUACAGGCAGUGCAGGCAGACAGACAGACAGGCAGUACAGACAGACAGGCAGUACAGACAGACAGGCAGUACAGGCAGACAGACACACAGGCAGUGCAGACAGACAGACAGGCAGUACAGGCAGACAGACAGACACACAGGCAGUACAGGCAGACAGACAGACACACAGGCAGUGCAGACAGACAGGCAGUACAGGCAGACAGGCAGUGCAGACAGACAGACAGGCAGUACAGACAGACAGACAGGCAGUACAGGCAGACAGACAGUACAGGCAGACAGUACAGGCAGUGCGGACAGACAGAUAGACGUAGAGGCUGACAGGCAGUUGAGUCAAGCAACAGGCAGGUCUGUCACAGGGUGCAUGCGCUACCAGGAGGGGUUACAGCUGAUUCUGUUGUCAUCUGUGGGUGCUGCCUAAGGAAAAAGUUUCUUCUCUGGACAGGCUGCCCGACCAGCCUGAAGGCACUCGACAGCUCCUCGACAAGCAGCCCUGGGCAGCAGGAGCAGGAUUUUUCUGGGGGAUUAAGGCUGCACUGACCCGGUGGCAGCAGGGGUGCUGAGUCAUGGCUUCCAAGCACCAAGCUUCUUCCUCGAAGCAGCCAGAGAACAGGGAAAAGAAACCGAAAGGAGAAGAGGAGGAUGACACCUGGAGCUCCACCUUGGCAGCCCUGAAAAUUGCUCCCAAGGAGAAACGCCCUGCCACAAUUGAUGGGCUGUGCCCCCUGAGCACAGCACUGGGUGCCCGGGUCUAUGAGGACUAUGACUGCACCCUGAACCAGACCAACAUCAGCGCCAACAACAACAAGUUCUACAUCAUCCAGCUCCUUGAGCACGAUGGUGCCUACAGUGUCUGGAGCCGCUGGGGCCGCGUGGGAGAGGUGGGCCGGUCCAGGCCCAUACCCUGUGCCUCCCUGGAAGCUGCCAAGAAGGAAUUUGAGAAGAAGUUUCAGGAGAAGACCGGGAACAGCUGGGCAACAAGGGAGAACUUCAUUGCGCACCCAGGGAAGUACACGCUCAUUGAGGUGCAGCCAGGGGCUGGGCAGGAGGUGGAGGCUACACGCAGGAUGGAUCCUGUGGAUGGGGACAAGGUCUGCAAGCAGAGGGUGCUGCCCUGCACCUUGGACAAAGCCACACAGGACCUGGUGUCCCUCAUCUUCAGGAGUGACAUGUUCUGGGAUGCCAUGCAGACCAUGAAUAUCGAUGUGAAGAAGAUGCCUCUGGGGAAGCUGACCAAGCAGCAGAUCGCAAGGGGCUUUGAGGCACUGGAAGAGCUGGAGGCAGCGCUGAGGGAGCAGCCCCCCGAGGCCACUCGCCUGGAGGAGCUCUCCUCACGCUUCUACACCAUCAUUCCACACAACUUUGGACGGGCACGGCCACCCAUCAUCAACUCCCCUGACCUGCUGUGUGCCAAGAAGGACAUGCUGUUGGUGUUGGCUCACAUUGAGGUUGCACAGAGCCUGCAGGCACAGAAAGAGAAGGAGGAGGAGGAGGAGGAGGAGAAAGAAGUCGCCCAUCCACUGGAUCAGAAUUAUGCCCUGCUCUGCUGCCAGCUCUCCCUGCUUGACCGAGCUUCCCGGGAAUACCAGCUGAUCCAAACCUAUGUGAUGCAGACUGGGCGCAAACUCCGCAUCCUCAACAUCUGGCAGGUGGCCCGAGAUGGUGAGGAUGAGCGUUUCAAGGCCCAUGACCUCCUGGAGCACCGGCGCCUGCUUUGGCAUGGCACCAACAUGGCAGAGGUGGUGGCCAUCCUGAAGAGCGGGCUGCACAUCGUGCCCCACCCAGGCGGGCGCCUGGGCGAGGGCAUCUACUUUGCCUCAGAGAACAGCAAAUCAGCCUGCCAUGUGGGCUGUACAUCUAAGAAGGUUGGCAUCAUGUUCCUGACGGAGGUGGCCCUGGGCAAGCCCUACCGCAUCACCUGCAAUGACCCCACGCUGCGGCAGCCACCUGCUGGCUAUGACAGUGUCCUGGCCUGUGGCCGGACAGAGCCGGAUCCUGCACAGGAUGAGGAGGUGCUGCUGGAUGGCAAGAAGGUGCUGGUGUGCCAGGGCAAGCCCAUCCCCAUGCCCGCCUACAAGGACUCCUCCUUCAGCCAGAGCGAGUACGUCAUCUACAAGGAAAGCCAGUGCCGGAUCCGCUACCUUGUCCAGCUCCAGUUCUGAGGGUGCCUGGGAGCACCACGGCCCUGGCCCUGCACCAGGUGGUGACACCCAUCAGCCCAGAGCACCGUGAUCUGGUGUGUCAAGCACAUUUCUCUCUCUCAGGAUUUUUCAUAGAGGUGCACAGAGAGAAAGAAAGAGAAAACAAUUUCUAUUUCUGCUCCUUGUUUUUCCUAUGUGGAAUGUGCUUGGAGAAUUAUUUACCUAGGGUGAUUCCUUGAUUGGAUUCUGGUGAGAAUUGUUUGAGUCUGGUGGCCAAUCAGACCCACCUGUAUCUGAACUCUCAAGAACAGUGUCACGAGUUAGUAGUAGUUAGAUAUAGUAGUUAGAGAAAGUAGGUAUGUAGUUUUAGUAACUUCCUUUAUAUAGUAUAUUAAUGUAUUUUAGCAUAGUUAUAAUAAAGAAAUCAUUCAGCCUUUUGA